AUGAAACAAGGCGAAAUUUUUGAGGAAACCCUGCUCCUCUUUGCAAAAGACGUUGAUGCAGAGGUAAUUUUGAUGACUUGAGAAAUUAAUAAUAAUUUUUUCAUAAAAGUUAAGGACCUAUUUUUUAUGAAAAAUGAAAAAGUUAACGACCCUAUUUUAUACUUUUCCGGACCAAAAACAUGUAUGAGCCAAAGCCUUAGCCUAACCAAGCUUAAGCCUAACCAAGCCCAACUAAGUCUAAGCCUAACUAAAGCCCAUCCUUAAAAAACCUACAAAUUCCAGACAAUGUUACGAAAACACGAAAAAAGUUAUAAAAUGUUCCUAUAUUUCAAAUCCUAUUUGCUAAUUUCAUGGCGUCUGACCUCAUAUUGUCUCAUUAUUCCAUUUGUUUAUUGCACAAUUCUAGUUCUACCUCAUUAUGAUUCUUUCACAUUUCAAUACGCGAUUAUUGUUGGAUAUCCGAUAACUCAUGCGGUUUUUCUGAUCUGGAGAGCCUAUUUGAAGGAAGAAAAUUUCGCAUUGUUAUCGAGUUCUCAAAAAUGGAAACCUGUGCAUUUGGCGGAUGAAAAAGAGGCGAUUGCUCAUGAGAAAAUGUUUGGAAUUGAACAAUGA